AAUCAGACGUUUUCAAGAUGUCGAAUAAAAUAAUUAUAUUGACAGUGAUAUAUUUUUCAAGUUUAAUACCACAGAGUAUUAGUUUACCACAAGGUUGUCCAUGUGGCAGACGUCAGUCUGAUAAUACAGGAUUCACUCAAUAUGUAUUAGCUCGUCCAUGGUCUGAGUAUCGAGUUGAUAAUCCAUCGUCUUACAUAUCAUUUCCAUUGGCUAUAUCACGUGGCACGAGAGCUAUAAAGUCUAGAUUAGAGUCUUCUGAAGAACCACAAAAAUCUGAUGAUAAAUUGUUAAGAAGAAAUCCCAUAAAUUUUGAUGACAGGGAAGAUAAACCAAAAGUUGUGAUUCCAUCUAGACUGCGGACUAAAACUAAAAAUGAUAAAAUGAAUACUGGAGGUGAAGACAAAAAAUCGGUUGCUGAGGAAAAAAAAGUAAGAGAAGUUGAUGAUAUUGAUGACGAAGAUGAUGAUGAUGAUGAAGCGGUAAUUGAUGAAGACCAAGAACGAAUUGAUGGACUUAAUUUACUGGGACAAUUAUUCCAUGUGUUGGCUUUGCAAUAUCAGAAAGUAUUUGGAAGAGGGAAUAAUUUGAAAGCAUUGGAGACAAAUUCGACUGCAGUUAAAUUUGAUGGUGAAGAUCAAGAUGAUGAUGAAGAAGAUGAUGGAAUUUUUGAGCUUGGAGAUUAUGACUAUGAUUUGGAGCCUAGAGGGCAGAUUGAACGACCGGAAGUACAAGAUGAUGGGGAGGUUGUGAAGAAAAAGAAAAGAAAAACGGAAGAAAAAAAUAAUAAAGACAAAGUGAUUAAUAAAAAUUUAUUAAGAAGAAAAUUUAAUGGCACAUCUACGUCUUCUGAUUAAUUAUUUAAGUAAUUGCAAUAAAUAGAUAUUAAUUAUUUGUAAUUAAAAAUUUAUUAGUAAUUAAAUAAAUAAAUUUAAAAAUUA